AUGGGGGUUUUAGGGCAAAACGCACGGGCCUGUCACUACAGCGGGUUUAUAGCCCCAAAAACAGGGGGCUUGAGUAUCAGAAGACACUGGGAGCGGGGAGCCCUACACUUAGGCAACAAAGCAGUACUGAAAACCCAAAACACGUGCUCCCCGUUCCUCCUUUAUUCAGAGAUCCCUUCAGCCCCUAACUUCUCUUGGGCGUAUUUUUGUAUCGGCAAUUAUCAAAUUUUCGAGGAUAUUUUGGAUGUACUUUUAAGCAACGUUUUUAUACUAGGAAUUUUCUCGGAGUGUACUAAUGUGGUGGUCCUGAGCGACGACCCCGCCUUCCUGGCCUCCUUCGCCGAGUCGUCGCUCCGGGGCCGCCUCCUGGUGUGGGCCACGAGGCUCCUGGUCGUCACCCGCCUGCCCCUUCAGGAGCUCCGGCGGCUCCUCUCCUCCUCCUGGUCCUUCUCCAUGAUGAACGCUAUGGCGCUCUUGAUGGAUGGUUCAAGAUACCAAAGUUUUGGUGUGUACUCCUAUCUGCCGUACAGCCCAGCUGGGGCCCAGAUGGUUCGCGUGGCUUCGUGGUCUUCUUCGAGAGGCUUGACUUUUGUCGGCCGCCACCAGCUUUUCCCACAGAAGUUCACGAACUUCCACGGUGCCACAGUGAACAUCACAGCUCUACCUUACCGACCUUACUGGAUCGAGCAGACAACAGUGGCACCCAAUGGCACUGCUGUUACGACGUACACGGGAUCGGACGGCCUCAUGAUGCACGCUAUGGCACAGACGCUCAACUUCACAUCCAACGUUCUUCCUUCUGCGGAUUGGAGCGAGGUGACCGCCAAAGUGGUAGAGCGCGAGUCCUUCAUCGCCUCAGUGAUCCACAUCCACCUCCCACAGCGCCAGAAGGACUACGAUUUCUCCUACAACUACGAGUACACAAACUUGGACUUCAGUUUGGCCAAGCCCUCGCUCCGUCCCAAAUGGCAGGGCUUGUACUAUCCUCUGAGUAAUGAAGUGUGGCUGUGUAUGUUACUUGUGCUUCUUUUGACUCCAUUUCUGGCUUUGCUGGUGACCUACAACAGUGACUGUGAAGAAGAUAAAACAAUGAGCUUCAAGUUGAUCGGGUCCCUGCUGGGGCAGAGCAUGGCGACGAGGCGCGGAGAGAGCGCCGGCAGCCGUAUCUUCGUGGCCUCUUGGCUCGUCUUCGCCUUCGUCGUGGGGACGGCCUACCGGGGCAACCUCACCGCCGCCCUCACGCUGCCCAAGUACCCGCCGCGGGUCGAAACCGUUGCCCAGCUCGUUAAGACGGUGGACAGUCGGAAUCGGAGAUUUACCAUGAACUCGCUUCUAAGUUGGAUAUCGUGCCAGACGUCCUCUCAGAGAAAGAAAAGAAAAAGAAAAGAGUGUUAUAUUAUUUUUUAUUUUUUAUUUUUUUUUAGUAUGUCUCAUUUAGAUGCGGAUAGGUAUUUGAGCCUUGCAAUCGCCGAGCACUUCACGCUGGCCGACGGGAGUAACAACCUGUACCAAGGCCGCGAGAAGGUCCUGACCUCGAUCGCCGGCCUUCCGAUCCCACACGACGCGCCCUACAAGCCCCAGAUAGAUCGGUCCCUCAUGAUGAUGAUCGAGGCCGGUCUGUACGAGAAGUGGAGCGAGGACAUGCUGAGCGACGUCCGCAGGGACGCCCGGCGGAGGCAGCUGGAACGGCUGAAGUGGCGGAACGAGACCACGGCAGAGCAGACCACAGGCGCCGAAGGCAACGCGGAAGCACUGACCUUCACGCACAUGCAAGGUCCGUUCCUGCUGCUACUCCUGGGCCUCAUGGCGGCUGGGUUGGCUUUCCUGGCGGAGGUCCUCGUCGGGAAGGCUUAG